CACAAGUACUGCAAUCUUCUUCUUUGCACUGAAAUUAAAACCCUAACCCUAUCUAUCUUCCUAUUUCUGCAAUCCAUGGACGCUCUCGAUUCGAACCCUAACCCGCCUCUUCUUCCUUCCUACGAUCCACCUCCACAGAACUUUUCAGCACCAGAGUAUCACAAUCCAUCAGAAACCCUAGCUUCCGAUGGUCAAAACUCUAACGGUAAUAACGACAGUGGCCACGGAAACCCAUCGGAGAACGGCCAGGGCGCUGCUAAUGAUAACAAUUCACGGCCUCAGAUCUCGAAACCCUUGGUCUCCGAGAACGGGUUGACCGGUACUACCCGGAGCGGCACCGACAAGGAUCAAUCUGGCGGCGAGGAGGAGACUACUAGCAAGCGCCGCCGUCGAAGCCGUUGGGACCCGCAGCCGGAUUCCAACGACCAGAGCGGUGGCGAAUCGGGUGCUGCCGGAACGAAGAGGAGGAAAUCCCGUUGGGCCGAUGACGAGCCAAAGCCGGUGAUUCAACUUCCUGAUUUCAUGGGUGGUAUUGAAUUUGAUCCCGAGAUUCAAGCUUUGAAUAGUAGGCUUCUUGAGAUUAGUCGAAUGCUACAAUCAGGUUUGCCUUUGGAUGAUCGCCCAGAAGGUGCUCGAUCACCUUCGCCUGAACCUAUAUAUGAUAAUAUGGGCAUUAGAAUUAACACCAGAGAAUAUCGUGCGCGAGAGAGAUUGCAAAAGGAGAGGCAGGAAAUUAUAUCUCAGAUUAUAAAGAAAAACCCCGCGUUUAAGCCACCUGCAGAUUAUAGGCCACCAAAGCUUCAGAAGAAGCUUUAUAUACCAAUGAAAGAAUAUCCUGGUUACAAUUUCAUAGGGCUUAUUAUUGGUCCUAGAGGUAACACUCAGAAGCGGAUGGAGAAAGAAACUGGUGCUAAAAUUGUGAUUAGAGGUAAAGGAUCGGUGAAAGAAGGCAGGCUGCAACAGAAGAGGGAUUUGAAACCUGACCCUUCGGAAAAUGAAGAUUUGCAUGUUUUAGUGGAGGCAGAGACGCCAGAAUCGCUUGAAGCUGCUGCAGGUAUGGUGGAGAAGCUCUUGCAACCUGUGGAUGAGGUAUUGAAUGAGCAUAAGAGGCAACAGCUUAGGGAACUUGCUGCCUUAAAUGGGACGAUUAGGGAUGAAGAGUAUUGCCGGUUGUGUGGUGAACCCGGUCAUAGGCAAUAUGCUUGUCCUACAAGGACUUCAACAUUUAAGAGCGAAGUUGUUUGUAAGCAUUGUGGGGACGGUGGUCAUCCAAGUAUAGAUUGUCCUGUAAAGGGUGCUACUGGGAAGAAGAUGGAUGAUGAGUAUCAGAACUUCCUGGCAGAGUUGGGAGGUUCAGUUCCUGAAUCUGCAACAAAGCAAACCAGUACGUUGGCAAUUGGUUCGGGCAAUUCUGGAGGCAAUCCUCCUUGGGCUAACAAUUCUGGUUCAACUGGUGGUGUACCACAAGCUGGCCUAGGGGCUAGUGCAGUUAAAAAGGAAAUUGAUGAUACAAAUUUGUACAUUGGAUAUUUGCCACCCACUCUUGAUGAUGAUGGCCUGAUCCAAUUGUUUCAACAAUUUGGUGAGAUUGUAAUGGCAAAAGUUAUCAAGGAUCGAAUAUCAGGUUUAAGUAAAGGAUACGGGUUUGUGAAAUAUGCUGAUAUCACAAUGGCAAACAAUGCGAUUUUGGCAAUGAAUGGUUAUCGCCUUGAGGGCCGAACCAUUGCUGUCAGAGUUGCUGGUAAGCCUCCUCAGCCUGUUGUACCUCCUGGCCCACCAGCAUCUGCUGUGCCCACUUAUCCUGUUCCAAGCCAACCACAUGGCGCCUAUCCUUCCCAACAGUAUGCUGCCGGUGGUCCUCUUGGGAGUGCUCCCCCUGGGAGUUAUGGUGGUACCCCAGUCCCAUGGGGACCUCCCGUUCCUCCUCCAUAUGCCCCUUAUGCGCCUCCUCCACCUGGGUCAACAAUGUAUCCUUCGAUGCAAGGUCAACCCAUGCCUCAUUAUGGUGUUCAAUAUCCUCCUGUCCCAACAGGCCCCCCUGGUGCCCCAUCCCAGCCUGCAACUUCUGGUGAAAUGCAGCAGAGUUACCCUCCUGGAGUGCAAUCUGACAAUAGCACUUCUACUCAGUCUCUACCAGCGAAUAUGUAUGGGAACGCGAUACCUUCAAUGCCACCAGCAGCUCAACCUACAUACCCUGCAUCUUAUGGAUAUCCACCAUACUACAGCGCAGUUCCUCCACCACCUCCCCCUCCUGCUCACAUUCCUGUCUCGACAUCAAAUGUGCCUUGGGCCAGUAAUCCUAUGGUGCCACCUCAUGCUUCGUCUGCUGAGAAGACAACGUAUGGUGCUGAUCAGUCCCAGAGCAUUGGUAAUGUGCCUUGGGCCACAAAUCCACCAGUGCCUUCUCCUGUUUCAUCAGCUGAGAAGACAUCACAUGGUGCUGAUUCAGAGUACGAGAAGUUCAUGGCAGAGAUGAAAUGAUCUAGUUUCAUCAUGCUUCAAAGUUCCAAAAGGCCUGAUGUUUCUUGGAGCUCUUGUGAACCUGAUUUCUUAACCUCUUGCCAUGUCUUUCUUGGAAGUUUGGGACUCACUUCUUUAACCUUGCUGUACUGUUAUGAAAUUUGCAGAGAUUUGGGCUAGAAGUUUAUAGCAGUCUUCAUUCAGCAGAGGCAAACAUCGAAGCUUACUAUAGUUAUGAUUGUUAUUAAUCUUUUCUUUUUGUGUAGGACUUAAUACUGGCUGAAUUAUUUUCUGUGGCAUUUUAUUGAUUUACACAGUAAUGUCUGGUUGCUAAUGUUUCCUUUGAAAGUUUGUUUGAACUUUAUGGCAGCUGGUUUCUGGUGUUUCAUAUUGAUACUUUUCUGUAGUCAUUUUAGUUGUUCUAGUUCAUUCAAAACUGAUUCUAACUAAUAAUUUUGGUGAUGAGCUUAAAUCUUUUUUGUUUGAUGCUAAUUCUCUUAAUUGCUUGGUGCUGAAGCUGGCUUUUAGAUGCCUUUAAUCAUGCAUCUCAUCCCGAAGGUAAUCAUGCCUUGCCAUUUAUUUUAGGCAUUUGGGGUUGGUAGAAGAGAUAUUUUUUCUUUUAAUGAUUUGUUCAUACAACUAUAAAAUGUAUUUAACCGUUCCAGUGUGACAGGUAAAAAAGUUCAAACGUUUUUCUGUUUCUGGCAUGACAAAUGUCAGACUUCGAUGGUAUUUUCACAUCUUAUAAAUUUUAGCUGACGUGGUGUUAUGAACACCAAAUUCUUGUAUCAUGGUACAGGCAAUUAUCAAGUUUCUCAUUUCUUUCUGGAGUGAUCAUGUGGUCCCGUUGACACGGUCAAUGUUUUUGGGCAUAAGAUGAAGGCUGAGGUGAAAAUGAUUGUUGAUAGUGGUGUUUAUGAGUUGUCUCCUCAUGCUUCGUUUAGCUGUGUUGCUGGGCGAAGAUAGAGUAAAUGAUCAAAGAAUUGGAGUUGUAGAAAUUUUCUUUAUUUUUCUGCUUGA